AUGGGGUAUCCGCAGGCUCUCCAGGUGACGGUGGCCCUGGCGUCGAGGGCCGUUCCCGCCCAGCCCUACGCCAGGGCCCUCCACUGUCUACGCGCUGGGAUCGGCGCCUCCCCGCCCUUUCUCCACACCCGGCCUUCAGAAAGGGCGCGGGCGGGCGGCGUCUUUAAGGCUCAGCAGCAGCAGCGGCGACACCAGCAGGGAAAAGUGACGGUGAAAUACGAUCGCAAGGAGCUUCGGAAGCGCCUGGUGUUGGAGGAGUGGAUCGUGGAGCAGCUGGGACAGCUGUACGGCUGCGAGGAAGAAGAAAUGCCUGAUGUAGAAAUUGAUAUUGAUGAUCUUCUUGAUGCAGACAACGAGGAAGAGAGAGCUGUAAAAUUACAGGAAGCUCUUGUAGACUGCUACAAACCAACAGAGGAAUUUAUCAAAGAGCUACUCUCCAAGAUAAGAGGCAUGAGGAAGCUAAGCCCUCCACAGAGGAAGAGCAUAUGAUUCUGGAACAGGGUAGAACUGUCUCGGAGACGAAGAAAGGGUCCUGGGGUUUGAACUUCAUGAAGACUUAUUAAACAACAGUUGUCCUUCUGAACAACUUCUUUUUGGUGUGUGUGUGGGGAGGGGGAUUUAUUAGACAUUUAUUCAUGAGCGUUCCUUUUCAUUGUCGUUUCUAAAGGUUUUCACUAGUGUAAUAUCUUAAUAGCAAAGGUAUCACGGCUCUGACUGCAGCCCAGCCAAGGAUUAUCAAGCAGGUGGAUGUCCAGUGAUGAACCAGGCUGGGCGGUGUUUUCUGCAAGGACUUAGAUGUUUAGGACCUUAACAAUACAGGGAAGAUGGUUUUCUUACAACCAGUUUUUCCCCCCCUUAGGUUGUACAUUUUGGCUCAGAUGUCAAGUUUCUUGUUCUUGUAUAUAUCUACGCAACAAGUUAAACUGUAGAUGUGAGUUUUAUUUCACAUGGAUGGGAUAAACUUGUGCUCGUCUUAAGGAGGGAGGUCACAGCACUCGGCCUUUUUCAUGGGAGUGCUGUUGACCCUCAGCGUUCACUUUCUGCACCAAAGUGGAAGAACUCAGUGUAUCCGUUAUUUUAAUGAGCUUACACUACAAAAAAAAAAAUCUGUUGAGUUGGUCAAGGGCUUAAUUUAUGGACUCUCUGUCGUUUCCUUGGUUAAGAUGCUUCGCCAGGUCAUGUACUUAUUGCCUCAUUUGUGGUCUUUUAAAAGUUCUAUGAUCACUUAAUUCAAAAAACUAACAUACUUUCUAGAGAAAUGUCCAUACUUUCUAAGUAGUGAUUUGUCAUGGAAAAGGGAGGUUGUGUGUAGUAAUAGAUUUCGCUGCUUUCAACGCACAAAAAACAAAACUGUGUAUCAUUCUGUUUGUGUGAAAGCAGGUAAGAAGGAAAGAAAUUGGUUGGGCAUCUUCCUCCUUCAAAGUAGAUUCUAGUCCCUUUUGUGCCUGGUUAGCAUCAGAGCAGAGUUGAGAGCUGAGGGUUGAGCAAGUGCAGGGAUGGGCAAGGCCUUGCCUUCUCUCCAGGCACUCGAGGAAGCAACACUUGCUGGCCUGGAAGUAUGGAUGUCCUUUGUGGCUUCUCUCAGUGGUUCAGAAUGGAAACUCUGUGUGUUCCUGCUCCUCGGUCUGACCUUGACCUCCAUGCUUAGAGGUAGGCCUGAGCACCUGUCUGCCCCCUCCAUUAUUACAUACUAACUCUUUGGAGAAGAAUUAGAAUUCAGAUGAGAUGUGGGCAGGGUAACAGGUAAAAGUACAAGCUCUUCCAUUCAUGCGUCCCUGCGGCCUCUUCCUGGAAACCCCACCUACUGUAAGAUGUCUCCAGGUGGUCCUGUCUGAGGACAGGGACCAGGCAUUUUAUAUCAAGGGUGCUUUGAACAUAUUUUAUUUUUUAAAAGAACUACGUUUGUGAAUUUUACGUAUACUGGCAAGCUUUUGGAAAUGUAUUUAAUUUUGUAAUGUUUACCAAUGAUUUAUUUACAAGCUUAUUUACUCAAAUAAAUGGAGCUGCUUACAAA